AUGAUGAACGAAGAUGCAGCUCAGAAAAGCGACAGUGGAGAGAAGUUCAAUGGCAGUAGUCAGAGAAGAAAAAGACCCAAAAAGUCUGACAGCAAUGCAAGCUUCCUCCGUGCUGCCAGAGCAGGCAACUUAGACAAAGUAGUGGAAUAUCUCAAGGGGGGCAUAGACAUCAAUACCUGCAACCAGAAUGGACUCAACGCUCUCCAUCUGGCUGCCAAGGAAGGCCAUGUGGGGCUGGUUCACGAGCUACUGGGAAGAGGGUCCGCUGUGGAUUCUGCCACUAAGAAAGGAAAUACUGCUCUUCACAUUGCAUCUUUGGCUGGACAAGCAGAAGUUGUCAAAGUUCUCGUUAAGGAAGGAGCCAAUAUUAAUGCACAGUCUCAGAAUGGCUUCACUCCUUUAUACAUGGCUGCCCAAGAGAACCACAUUGAUGUUGUAAAAUAUUUGCUGGAAAAUGGAGCUAAUCAGAGCACUGCUACUGAGGAUGGCUUUACGCCCCUAGCGGUGGCACUCCAGCAAGGACACAACCAGGCAGUGGCCAUCCUCUUGGAGAAUGACACCAAAGGGAAAGUGAGGCUGCCAGCUCUACAUAUUGCAGCUAGGAAAGAUGACACCAAAUCUGCUGCACUCCUGCUUCAGAACGAUCACAACGCUGACGUACAAUCCAAGAUGAUGGUGAAUAGGACAACCGAGAGUGGUUUCACCCCUUUGCACAUCGCUGCCCACUAUGGAAACGUCAAUGUGGCAACUCUUCUUCUAAACCGGGGAGCUGCUGUGGACUUCACAGCCAGGAAUGGAAUCACUCCUCUGCAUGUGGCUUCCAAAAGGGGAAACACAAACAUGGUGAAGCUCUUACUGGAUCGUGGUGGUCAGAUCGAUGCCAAAACUAGGGAUGGCUUGACGCCCCUUCAUUGUGCUGCAAGAAGUGGACAUGACCAAGUGGUGGAGCUUCUGCUGGAGCGGGGGGCUCCCUUGCUGGCAAGGACGAAGAAUGGGCUGUCUCCGCUUCACAUGGCUGCCCAAGGAGACCACGUGGAAUGUGUGAAGCACCUGCUCCAGCACAAGGCGCCUGUUGAUGACGUCACCCUGGACUACCUGACGGCCCUCCACGUUGCCGCACACUGUGGUCACUACCGUGUAACCAAACUCCUUCUGGACAAGAGAGCCAAUCCAAACGCCAGAGCCCUGAAUGGUUUUACUCCACUGCACAUUGCCUGCAAGAAAAACCGCAUCAAAGUCAUGGAACUGCUGGUGAAAUAUGGGGCUUCAAUCCAAGCUAUAACAGAGUCUGGCCUCACACCAAUACAUGUGGCUGCCUUCAUGGGCCACUUGAACAUUGUCCUCCUUCUACUGCAGAACGGAGCCUCUCCAGAUGUCACUAACAUUCGUGGGGAGACUGCACUGCACAUGGCAGCCCGGGCGGGGCAGGUGGAAGUGGUCCGAUGCCUCCUGAGAAAUGGUGCCCUUGUCGAUGCCAGAGCCAGGGAGGAACAGACACCUUUGCAUAUUGCCUCUCGCCUGGGUAAGACAGAAAUUGUUCAGCUGCUUCUACAACAUAUGGCUCAUCCAGAUGCGGCCACUACAAAUGGGUACACACCACUGCACAUAUCUGCCAGGGAAGGCCAGGUAGACGUGGCAUCAGUCCUCCUGGAAGCAGGAGCCGCCCACUCCUUAGCUACCAAGAAGGGUUUUACACCCUUGCAUGUAGCAGCCAAGUAUGGAAGCCUGGAUGUGGCAAAACUUCUCUUACAACGCCGUGCUGCUGCAGAUUCUGCAGGGAAGAAUGGCCUUACCCCGCUCCACGUUGCUGCUCAUUAUGACAACCAGAAGGUGGCGCUGCUGUUACUGGAGAAGGGUGCUUCCCCUCAUGCCACUGCCAAGAAUGGCUAUACUCCUUUACAUAUUGCUGCCAAGAAGAAUCAAAUGCAAAUAGCUUCCACACUCCUGAACUAUGGAGCAGAGACGAACAUUGUGACAAAGCAAGGAGUCACUCCACUCCAUCUGGCCUCUCAAGAGGGGCACACGGAUAUGGUCACCUUGCUUCUGGAUAAGGGAGCAAAUAUCCACAUGUCAGCCAAGAGUGGACUCACAUCCUUACACCUUGCAGCCCAGGAAGAUAAAGUGAAUGUGGCUGAUAUUCUCACCAAGCAUGGGGCUGACCAGGAUGCUCACACAAAGCUUGGUUACACUCCUUUAAUUGUGGCCUGUCACUAUGGGAACGUGAAAAUGGUCAACUUUCUUCUGAAGCAGGGAGCCAAUGUCAAUGCAAAAACCAAGAACGGCUACACGCCUUUGCACCAGGCCGCCCAGCAGGGCCACACGCACAUCAUCAACGUCCUGCUGCCGCACGGGGCCAAGCCCAACGCCACCACCGCGAAUGGCAACACUGCCUUGGCGAUUGCUAAGCGUCUGGGCUACAUCUCCGUGGUGGACACCCUGAAGGUUGUAACCGAGGAGGUCACCACCACCACCACGACUAUCACUGAAAAACACAAGCUAAAUGUUCCUGAGACCAUGACUGAGGUUCUUGAUGUUUCUGAUGAAGAGGGUGAUGACACAAUGACAGGUGAUGGGGGAGAAUACCUUAGACCUGAGGAUCUAAAAGAACUGGGUGAUGACUCCCUACCUAGCAGUCAGUUCCUGGAUGGGAUGAAUUACCUGAGAUACAGCUUGGAGGGAGGACGCUCUGACAGCCUUCGAUCCUUCAGUUCCGACAGGUCUCACACCCUGAGCCAUGCCUCAUACCUGAGGGACAGUGCCAUGAUUGACGACACAGUUGUGAUCCCUAGUCACCAGGUGUCAACUCUAGCCAAGGAGGCAGAAAGGAAUUCUUAUCGUCUAAGCUGGGGCACUGAGAACUUAGACAACGUGGCUCUUUCUUCCAGCCCUAUUCAUUCAGGUUUCCUGGUUAGUUUUAUGGUGGACGCCCGAGGUGGCGCAAUGCGAGGAUGCAGACACAAUGGGCUCCGCAUCAUCAUUCCGCCUCGGAAAUGUACUGCCCCAACCCGAGUCACCUGCCGACUGGUCAAACGCCAUAGACUGGCGACAAUGCCUCCAAUGGUGGAAGGAGAAGGCCUGGCCAGUCGCCUGAUUGAAGUCGGACCUUCGGGUGCUCAGUUCCUUGGGCCUGUGAUCGUGGAGAUCCCUCAUUUUGCUGCCCUUCGAGGAAAAGAGAGGGAACUGGUUGUCCUGCGCAGUGAGAAUGGGGACAGCUGGAAAGAGCAUUACUGCGAAUACACUGAAGACGAACUGAAUGAAAUCCUUAAUGGCAUGGAUGAAGUGCUGGAUAGCCCGGAAGACCUAGAAAAGAAACGGAUCUGCCGCAUCAUCACCCGUGACUUCCCACAGUACUUUGCAGUGGUGUCUCGCAUCAAACAGGACAGCAACCUGAUUGGCCCAGAGGGAGGCGUGCUGAGCAGCACAGUGGUACCCCAGGUGCAGGCCGUCUUCCCAGAGGGGGCACUAACCAAGCGGAUCCGUGUAGGCCUACAGGCUCAACCUAUGCACAGUGAGUUGGUUAAGAAGAUCCUAGGCAACAAAGCUACCUUCAGCCCUAUAGUCACUUUGGAACCUAGAAGAAGAAAAUUUCACAAGCCAAUUACCAUGACCAUUCCUGUCCCCAAAGCUUCAAGUGAUGUCAUGUUGAAUGGUUUUGGGGGAGAUGCACCAACCUUAAGGUUACUCUGCAGCAUCACAGGUGGAACCACCCCUGCUCAGUGGGAAGAUAUUACAGGAACUACGCCAUUAACAUUUGUCAAUGAAUGUGUUUCCUUUACAACCAAUGUGUCUGCCAGGUUCUGGCUGAUAGAUUGUCGACAAAUCCAGGAGUCCGUUACCUUUGCAUCACAAGUGUAUAGAGAAAUUAUUUGUGUACCAUAUAUGGCCAAAUUUGUAGUGUUUGCCAAAUCACAUGACCCCAUUGAAGCCAGGUUGAGGUGUUUCUGCAUGACUGAUGAUAAAGUGGAUAAGACGCUUGAACAACAAGAAAACUUUGCUGAGGUGGCCAGAAGCAGGGAUGUGGAGGUAUUAGAAGGAAAACCCAUCUAUGUUGAUUGUUUUGGCAACCUGGUGCCAUUAACCAAGAGUGGCCAACAUCAUAUAUUCAGUUUUUUUGCCUUCAAAGAAAACAGACUUCCUCUCUUUGUCAAGGUACGUGAUACAACUCAGGAACCUUGCGGACGACUAUCAUUUAUGAAAGAGCCAAAAUCUACAAGAGGCCUGGUGCAUCAAGCUAUUUGCAACUUAAACAUCACCCUGCCAAUUUAUGCGAAGGAAUCAGAGUCAGAUCAAGAACAGGAGGAAGAGAUCGAUAUGACAUCAGAAAAAAAUGAUGAGACAGAAUCUACAGAAACAUCUGUCCUGAAAAGUCACCUGGUUAAUGAAGUUCCUGUCCUAGCAAGUCCGGACUUGCUCUCUGAAGUUUCUGAGAUGAAACAAGAUUUGAUCAAAAUGACUGCCAUCUUGACCACAGAUGGACCUGAUAGGGCAGGUUCCCUCAAAGUGAAGGAGCUGGUGAAGGCUGCUGAGGAAGAGCCAGGGGAGCCUUUUGAAAUUGUUGAAAGAGUUAAAGAGGACUUAGAGAAGGUGAACGAAAUCCUGAGAAGUGGAACCUGCAUGAGAGAUGAAGACAGUGUGCCAAGGUCUCAGCCAGAGAGAGAAUUAGUGGAAGAGGAAUGGGUUAUUGUCAGUGAUGAGGAAAUAGAGGAGGCUAAGCGAAAAGCAUCUUUAGAAAUCACCGAAUACCCAUGUGCAGAAAUUAGAAUAGAGAAAGAGACCAAAGUAAAAGUAGAGAAAGACUCAACAGGGCUAGUGAACUACCUUACCGAGGAUCUAAAUUCCUACGUGUCUCCUCACAAAGAGCCACCGCAGACAGUGCAAGAUCUGGCAGGGGAGAAACGUGAGGCUCUGGGUCCUUGCAGGAGCUCUGAAAGCGAAGGGAAAAAUAAAGAAGCAUCUUCAGAGGAGACACAGAGUACCCAGAAACAGCCCAAACCAAGCCUGGGCAUAAAGAAGCCAGUGAGAAGGAAAUUAAAAGAAAAACAAAAACAAAAAGAGGAUAGUUCACAAGCUAGUGCAGAAAAAACUGAACUUAAAAAAGGUAGUUCAGAAGAGUCAUUAGAUGAGGACCCAGGUUUAGCCCCCGAGCCUCUUCCCCCUGUAAAAGCUACGUCACCUUUGAUAGAAGAAACUCCCAUUGGUUCCAUAAAGGACAAGGUGAAGGCCCUUCAAAAACGAGUGGAAGAUGAACAGAAAGGGCGAAGCAAGUUGCCUGUCAGAGUCAAAGGCAAAGAAGAUGUGCCAAAAAAGAUAACACAAAGGACACAUCUAGCUGCGUCCCCCUCUCUGAAGUCCGAGAGACAUGCGCCAGCAUCACCCUCCUUGAAAACAGAAAGACACUCUUCUCUUUCCUCUUCUGCAAAAACUGAGAGGCACCCUCCAGUAUCACCAGUGAGUAAAACUGAGAAACACUCACCCUUGUCACCCUCCGCAAAAACUGAGAAGCACACACCUGUGUCAUCGUCAAGUAAAACUGAGAAACACUCACCCUUGUCACCCUCCGCAAAAACUGAAAGACACUCCCCUGUAUCCUCCUCUACAAAAACAGAAAGACACCCACCUGUUUCGCCUUCAGGUAAAACAGACAAACGCCCACCCGUCUCGCCCUCUGGGAGAACAGAGAAACAUCCGCCAGUGUCACCAGGCAGGACAGAGAAACGCUUGCUUGUAUCACCAGCUGGAAGAAUUGAAAAGCAUUCACCUGUCUCAACCUCUGGGAAAACCGAGAAGCACCUGCCUGUGUCACCUUCUGGGAGAACAGACAAGCAACCACCUGUCUCCCCCACCUCAAAAACAGAAAGAAUCGAGGAGACAAUGUCUGUUCGGGAAUUGAUGAAAGCUUUCCAGUCAGGUCAGGACCCGUCUAAACAUAAGACUGGACUCUUUGAGCACAAAUCAGCGAAACAGAAACAGCCACAAGAGAAAAGCAAAGUUCGGGUAGAAAAAGAAAAGGGGCAGAUAGUAACCCCGAGAGAAACGCAGAAAACGGAGAGUCAGACAGUCAAACGAGGCCAGAGAUUCCUGGUCACGGGACCUUCAGAAUCCAGAAGAGCAGUCCGUGCUUCCUCCUUAGGGUUUAAGAGAGAAGACGUCGCUGAAGAAAAGGAGAAAGCGCUCAACCACAAAACACCUGAACCUGUUCGGCCAGCGCCUGAAGAAGCAAGCCCUAAAGAUAGUGAAGUCCCCAAAGAAAAGCUGGCUGGUGAACAGGGAGACGUGGAUCUCCAGAUCAGCCCGGACAGGAAAACCUCCACUGACUUUUCUGAGGUCAUUAAGCAGGAACUGGAAGACAAUGACAAAUACCAAGAGUUCCGCCUGAGUGAAGAGACGGAGAAGGCGCAGCUUCACUUAGACCAAGUGCUCACUAGUCCUUUCAGCACCGCAUUCCCACUAGAUUACCUGAAAGACGAGUUCCUCCCAGCCCUGUCUUUACAGAGCGGUGCCUUACAAGGCAGUUCGGAAAGCCUGAAGCAGGAAGGGGUAGCAGGUUCUCCGUGCGGCAGCCUGAUGGAGGGGACCCCUCACAUCAGUUCGGAAGAAAGCUACAAGCAUGAGGGCCUAGCAGAGACCCCUGAGACAAGCCCGGAAAGCCUUUCUUUCUCACCAAAGAAAAGCGAGGAGCACAUUGGGGAAACAAAGGCAACUACCAAGUUAAAAACACCACCAGAAAUUCAUUCCGAAAGAGGACAUCCCUCAACCAAAGGCGUUACUGAUGGCUCUGAAGGGCAGGGUGCCGCAGUCGCGGGGGGCACAGAGCCCUCUGCUGAGCGUUUGCUGAAGGAGGUCGCCCUAGACCCUUCCAAAGACACGUGCCCCCCACAAGAAGGUGACGGCCUUGGCGGUCCAGGCGUAUCAUUAGCAAAAGAAGCAUCCGAAGGACUGACCGAGGAGGUGUCCCGUGAUGAAGGUCCACUUAAAUAUGUUAGUUCAGCCCAUGAGACACAAACUGAUACUGAAGCUCAGGAGUCCACAGCCACCAAGCCCUCAGAUGAAGCAGAGGCCUUGCCGCUGCCUGAUUCUGCUGUAAAGCCAGGCCCAAGGGCUGAAUCAAAGGCCCAGGGAGUCGUUAGAAGUCCCCAAGGGCUAGAACUUGCACUCCCUAGCCGUGACAGCGAGGUCCUCAGCCCUGGGGCUGACGAAUCCUUCCCGGUGAGCCACAAGGACUCCCUGGAAGCCAGCCCAGUGCUGGAGGAUAACUCCUCGCACAAAACUCCUGAUUCUCUGGAGCCGAGUCCUCUGAAAGAAUCCCCUUGCCAUGAUUCUCUUGAAAGCAGCCCUGUUGAACCAAAGAUGAAGGCUGGAAUUCUGCCGAGUCACUUUCCUCUUCCUUCAGCCGUUGCCAAAACAGAACUCUUCACGGAAGUGGCCUCUAUGCGGUCCCGGCUGCUCCGAGACCCGGACGGCAGUGCUGAGGAUGACAGCCUUGAGCAGACGUCACUCAUGGAGAGCUCAGGGAAGAGCCCCCUUUCCCCAGACACCCCCAGCUCCGAAGAAGUUAGCUAUGAGGUCACGCCCAAAACCACAGAUGCAGGCACCCCCAAACCAGCUGUGAUUCCUGAAUGUGCAGAGGAGGAUGACUCAGAAAAUGGGGAGAGAAAGAGGUUCACACCUGAAGAGGAAAUGUUUAAAAUGGUAACCAAAAUCAAGACGUUUGAUGAACUUGAACAAGAAGCAAAGCAGAAAAGGGACUACAAAAGAGAACCCAAGCAAGAAGAAUCUUCUUCCUCCUCUGACGCAGAUGUUGGCUGUUCAGCAGACAUGGAUGAAACAAAACACACAGAGAGUGUAGAGGAUGAAAGCGAUGUCCCCGUGGUUGUAACAUCAGAGAGCAGAAAGGCUUCUUCCUCCUCAGAAAGUGAACCUGAGUUGACACAGCUGGAAAAAGGUGCCGACUCAGGCCUCUUAUCAGAGCCGGUUAUUCGAGUGCAACCCCCUUCCCCACUUCCAUCCAGCAUAGACUCAAAUUCCAGUCCUGAAGAGGUACAAUUCCAGCCUGUCGUUUCCAAACAAUACACUUUUAAGAUGAAUGAAGAUACUCAGGAAGAUUCAGGUAAAUCAGAGGAAGAAAAAGAUCGUGAAUCUCAUUUACCUGAAGACAGUCAUACUGUUUCUACUGAUGGCCCAGAGAUGUCUUAUGAUGAUCUAAACAGAGAUGCUGAUCAACAAAAUCUUUGUGAUGACCAUGGGUAUGAAGCAGCGAGUCCCAGCGGCUCAGCCACUCCUGUCGCUUCAGGUUUCCGCAGUUCCACUGGUGACGAUGUCAGCGAGCAGCUAGUUAUCCAUAAGGAAUCAUUAGCUCUGCAAGGCACUGGUGAAAAAGAUACAGAAGAAGAAGAGCUUGAUGUUUCUGGAGUCGAAUCUCCACAAGUAGAUUGCCCCAGUGAAAGCUCUUCAUCUUUGCCCUCUUUGCAUCGUUGUCCAGCAUCUGAAGCAAAAGAAUUAGAUGAAGACAUAGUCUCUACAUCUUCUGCUACCAAAAUGGAGGUCACAAAACCUGACCAAGCUUUUGAGAGCUUACCAGAGGACCGGUCCACUCAAGACUCAUCCAUUACUACUCAGGCUGAUAGAUCGUCCUUGGAUGUUCCAGUGUCUGACCCAGCGGAGACUGAGGAAACCUCUGAUCCUCAAAUCAUAAGCCCUUAUGAAAAUGUUCCUUCUCAAUCUUUUUUCUCUAGUGAAGAAAGCAAAACCCAAACAGAUACAAGACACACAGGUUUUCACUCUUCUGAAGUGUAUUCUGUUACCAUCACAUCCUCCACUGAAGACGUAGAAGUGACAAGCUCCUCUGGAAGAACUGUUUCAAGCGAAGAAUCUAAUUUUGAGGACCAGAACCUGGACGUAGAACCCAAACAAGAAAGUACCUUGUGGGAAAUGCAGUCGGAUAGAGCCUCCUCAUCUUUAGAGCCAACUGUACCAAAUACAUCAACAGUUGCUGGUGAACAGAGAAGCAAAGUCAUCAUCACAAAAACUGAUGUGGAUUCUGAUUCCUGGAGUGAAAUCCGUGAGGAUGAUGAAGCCUUUGAGGCUCGAGUGAAAGAGGAAGAACAGAAGAUAUUUGGUUUGAUGGUAGACAGACAAUCGCAGGGUACCACCCCUGACACCACUCCUGCUAGGACCCCAACUGAAGAGGGGACCCCAACCAGUGAGCAAAAUCCAUUUCUCUUUCAGGAAGGAAAAUUGUUUGAGAUGACCCGAAGUGGUGCCAUUGAUAUGACCAAAAGGUCCUAUGCAGAUGAAAGUUUUCACUUUUUCCAAAUUGGGCAAGAAUCCAGGGAAGAGACUCACUCUGAAGACAUGAGAGAAGCGGGUACUGGUGCUGAGCCCCUACAGCUGGAGACAUCAGCUGAGUCAUUAGCACUCUUAGAAUCGAAAGAAACAGUGGCUGACGAAGCAGAGCUACUCCCAGAUGACCUGAGUGAGGAAGUAGAAGAAACACACGCUUCAGAUGCUCCACUUAACUCCCAAAUGGGGAUUUCAGCCUCCAUUGAAACAUCAAUGAAAGAGGGAACUUCUGCGGGAGCUGAGGACCUCCCCGCCGUGGGAAUGGGUGACACACCUCCCCUGUCCAGUGUGAAGCAGACAGCUUGCCCCGACUCCCCUAAACCAGUUGGACAAGUUCAGUUAGAUUUUUCCACAGUCACUAGGUCUGUAUAUGCAGAUCGGGGUGAUGAUUCUCCCGAUUCAUCCCCAGAGGAACAGAAAUCAGUCAUUGAAAUCCCUACUGCACCCGUGGAGAAUGUGCCUUCUACUGAAAGCAGAUCCAAAAUCCCUGUAAGGACUAUACCCACUUCAACCCCAGCACCUCCAUCUGUGGAGUAUGAGAGCUCCCUUUCUGAAGAUUUUCUACCCAGCCUGGAUGAGCAAAGUAAAGAGGAUGAAACAAAACCAAAGUCUAAAAUCCCCAUGAAAGUACCCGUCCAAAGAGUCGAGCAGCAGCCUUCGCAUCUAGACCUGUCUCUACUGAAAACAGAGGCUCCUCAGGGGCAGGACAUGACAAGCAGAGCGCCAAGUAGUAGAAGCAAACCUGAAUCUGAUGCCAGUUUGGACGCAAAGACCAAAUGUCCAGUAAAAACUAGAAGUUACAUUGAGACAGAAACAGAAAGCACAGAGGGGGCAGAGGAGCUUGAGUUAGAAUCAGAGGAAGGGGCCACAAAGCCAAAGAUAUUUGCAUCCCGAUUGCCAGUAAAGAGCAAAAGCACCACAUCUUCCUGCAGGGGGCCCACGAGCCCCACAAAAGAAAGUAAGGAGCAUUUCUUUGACCUUUACAGGAACUCCAUAGAAUUCUUUGAGGAGAUUAGUGAUGAGGCUUCCAAGUUAGUGGAUAGACUUACACAGUCAGAAAGGGAACAGGAGUUAGUUUCAGAUGACGAAAGUAGUAGUGCCCUGGAAGUUUCAGUAAUUGAAAAUCUGCCACCUGUUGAGACCGAGAACUCAAUUCCUGAGGACAUCUUUGACACAAGGCCCAUUUGGGAUGAGUCCAUUGAGACUCUGAUUGAACGCAUCCCUGAUGAAAAUGGCCAUGACCAUGCUGAAGAUCAACAGGAUGAGCAGGAACGGAUUGAGGAAAGGCUGGCUUAUAUUGCUGAUCACCUUGGUUUCAGCUGGACAGAAUUAGCAAGAGAACUGGAUUUCACUGAGGAGCAAAUUCAUCAAAUUCGAAUUGAGAACCCUAACUCCCUCCAAGACCAGAGUCAUGCACUAUUGAAGUACUGGCUAGAAAGGGAUGGGAAACAUGCAACAGAUACCAGUCUCAUUGAAUGUCUCACCAAGAUCAACCGAAUGGAUAUUGUUCAUCUCAUGGAGACCAGCACAGAGCCUCUCCAGGAGCACAUCAGUCAUAGCUAUGCAGAGAUUGAACAGACCAUUACACUGGAUCAUAGUGAAGGGUUCUCGGUACUUCAAGAGGAGCUAUGCACUGCCCAGCACAAGCAGAAAGAGCAGCAAGCUGCUUCUAAAGAGGACGAGUCCUAUGAUCACCCUCCCAUCGUCUCGGAGGAAGACAUUUCUGUCGGUUACUCCACUUUUCAGGAGAGCAUCUCCAAAACUGAGGGCGACGGCUCAGCAACAGAGCUCCUUCCCCAGACUCACAAGGAGCAAGUUCAACAGGAUUUCUCAGGGAAAAUGCAAGACCUGCCUGAAGAGUCAGCUCUUGAACAGCAGGAAUACUUUGUGACCACCCCGGAGACAGAAGUGUCAGAGACUCAAAAGGCUAUGGCAGCAUCUGGCUCUCCCACCCAGACUCCUGAGGAAACCAGCACCCCUGCUGAGGAGGAGAGGCCAUACCUCCAGACCCCGACAUCAAGUGAGCGGGGAGACUCUCCCAUUGUGCAAGAACCCGAAGAGCCCCCAGAACGUAGGGAGGAGAGUUCGCCUCGAAAAACCAGCCUCGUGAUAGUGGAGUCUGCUGAUGACCAGCCACAGGCCUCUGAAAGGCUCGAGGAAGAUGCUGCUUUUCAAAAGGGAGAUGAUAUGCCCGACAUACCCCCGGAAACAGUCACAGAAGAAGAAUACAUCGAUGAGCAGGGACACACUGUGGUAAAGAAGAUUACUAGGAAAAUCAUCAGGCGGUACGUCUCCUCUGAUGGCACAGAGAAAGAAGAGAUUACGAUGCAGGGAACACCACAGGAUCCCAUCAACAUUGAGGAAGGGGAUGGCUAUUCCAAAGUCAUAAAGCGCAUUGUGUUAAAGAGUGACACUGAACAGUCGGAGGUAACUUUGUCUGAGCCCAGCAUGUUGUCCAGUACCUCACAAUUUCAGGCUGAACCGGUGGAAGGCCGUAGAGUCAGCAAAGUUGUUAAAACAACUGUGGUACAUGGAGAGAGGAUGGAGAAGCAUCUGGGGGAUUCUAGUUUAGCCACUGAUCUUCCUUCAGCCAAAGAUGACUUUGAAGAGGCUCUGAGUUACACAGGUAGCCACAUGAAAGUCCACUCCCCCAGUUUAGUAGAGAAUGAAGUCCUGAAGGAGGAUGGAUCAAUACUUAGAAGGACAACAAUGAGUAAAGCUAGAACCCAGAAGAGGGCUGUGGUGAAGGACCAGCACGGAAAACGCAUUUACCUGGAGCACCUGGAGGAUGUCCCAGAAGCACUAGACCAGGACGACCUCCAGCAUGACCUCAAGCGACUCCUUCGGCAUUUCUGCAAGGAGGACUUGAAGCAAGAGGCCAAAUGAGAGGCUGUCCAAUUCUCACACCAGAAACCACACAUUCACUCGAUAUGCAACUUCCCGUUUCAUUAGAGGAAUGAACUAACUGGCUUGAUGAAUGGGAUUUCCACCUUUAGCAUAUACACUGCAUUUUGUUUGAGUUUUUCCCCAUCCUCUUUAACUGUAAGCUAAUUUGUGACCAAAGAUAGCAUCCUUCAUCCUGGAUGCUGUAUCCACUCCUUUGUUGUGUCUGUGCUCACCUGGGACCUGGCCGCCUCCAUUAUCCUUCUUGGCUUCUGCACGAGCUCCAUGAAAAUCCAUUGAACAGAAGAACUUCACCUGCAGACCUCUUCAAGUGACGAUACCUAGGAAUCCUUCAAAGAGAUACCCGUGUACAAUAUAUAUAGCUAAAAUGCUCAGACGAACAACAUAUUAAAACCACUGCCUGUCGUAACUACACUGGGCGUCACGGAAUAAAAGGCCUCUAGGAAUUGCUGAACAAUGGUUCACUAAGAUAUUGCUAACACAAUCGAACGUAAUACAGUUCUCCUGCAAAAGAAGCACUUCAGACCUACCAUGUCCUUAGAACUUCCAGAGUAGCCCUGGCUCCUAGUGAAAGAUGGGUUCCUAACCUUGAAGAACUGUCCUAACUAAGCACUUACUGCUGGUGCCGGCCAGCUGUGAUUUAUGACUCUCCAGCAGCCACUGAGGGAGGGGAGGAAGGGAGCGGCGGCAACGAGGUGAAGCAGUGAGGUAUUCAGUUGCCAGCAGUGGCAUCCUGCAGCUGUCUAGCAUCUUCAGGUCCUUUAGAUUUGGGACACGUUGGCAGGGUAUUUUAAAAAGCUAUAACUACUGUAGUUUUCCAGUUUUCAUUGCUGCUUUAGCAAACCACGCUGUCUUAUUGGUGGUACUUUCUCCUGGCCACUGCACUGUAGAUAAUUCAUUGGAAACAAGAUUUGCCCCCUACACAAACGGUUAAACUCCUUCACCGUGCUGGAGUGGUUUCUUUCAUUUUGUUCUUCCAGGUUUAUAUCUUCUCUAAUACCUGCAUGUAGCAUUUAAGAAUCAAACCACAGUUCAAACCCAUCUUCUAAAUCACAUUGAUGGUUUUCAUUCUUUUUACCCUCAGCAAGCACUUUUCACUUUUCAGCUAGGUCUGUUUUUUAGCUUGCAGACGAGAUUGAGAAAUCCUGAAAAUUUUGGUUUGGGUUAAAAUUUGGGGUUUAUUUAUCUGAAAUCCAAACUCCCUUGGAAACCCUGAGGUGCAUUUGUGCACUUUCCUGUUUGUUUGUUUCAAAGAAGGGACUUUAAUCAUCUGAGUGAUUUCCACGUCCUCUUCCUUAUUCCUCUAGUGGUUGAAGCUGUGUAGUAUUUUAACAUAUAUAUAUAUAUUCACAAAUAUAUUCAUAUAAACAGUAUACAUUUUGAAUCAGUUAUUUGUUAAAGAAAAGUAUAUUCAAUGAAGAUGAAAUUCAAAAAUUUUGAAAACCAGAGUCUAUCCUCCAGGCAUUAAACAUUUUCAAAUUCUAUCUGGUCUUUUCCUGUUGUGCAAAAAUGACUCAUUGUUCUGAAAGUCAAAAACAAAGAUGACAAACAAUGGCAUUUCAUCAUUUCAAGUAAUUUUGCCAAGAGAGAAGGUUUCCUGGGAGGGAGGUUUCCCACAAGCCGAAUCUCCUAAGCCUCGAAUGCUAGCACGUUUGGCAGCUGGAUAGGAAAGAAAGCAUCUUUGGCGGCCAAAAUGAAGGAGGCCAAUGGUGAAACAUUUUGGACAUACCAUGGCCUCCUUGUCUACACCUUCACUGGAGCUCAAGAAAAGCAUUUCUGUUGUGUUAUUUGCAGUGCAGAUGAUGUCUGUGUAACAACAUAAUGGUUAAUCACCUUUUUUUGAUUUUGAUUUUUGCUGUGUAAUCAAAAAACUUGAAUAAUGUGAGAAGAAGUGAAUUUUCAGUUGAUGAAUCAGCAUCUUGUUCCCAUGGUGAUAACACUAAUUGAAUAUAUCUAUGAGGGCAUGUAUUAGUUAAUGGAAAAAAAUACAACACUAACAAUACAUAGCUGCAAUGUGUACAAUGGCUGAUUUAAUUAAAUAAAAUGUACAAGUGUUAAGUGUGGCAACAGUGAUUUGUUCUUCUUUAGCACUCACCUGUGAUUUCAGGCGGUAAGACAUUAUUAAAGAGAUGAAAUAGAUGUGAAGCCAAAAGAAAAACAGCU